GUCCGCGCAGCUUGCCCUGUAGAUCAGUUCACUGACGACGCGCGCGAGCAACGCGCUUGUGACUACAGCCUACAGCCUACAUCCAGUCGAACUCACGGAGGAUACAUAUCAAUCAACUGUUAUAAAUAAAACAAUAUUUUAAAAAAAUGAAGAUCGAGGAGAAGAGUGGAAUUAGCCACAUCAGUGGUAGCACCGUCACCAUUAAUGAUAGUGACAGCAGGGGCUUUUCGUCGUGCCAACUGACUCUGGAGAGCAAGUCGAGCCAGAUGGAAGAGGACAACACCGACAACCACCACCACCACGUCACACAUCCCACCUCAUAUUUGGACACACUUCUGCACUUGUUCCGCGGCAACAUAGGUUCAGGGCUCUUGGCAAUGGGUGAUGCUUUCAAAAAUGGGGGCAUCAUCUUUUCGCCCAUAAUAACUGUCAUCCUCGGCGUAAUCUGCGUACAUUCACAACAUUUACUGCUGGAUUGCUCCGAGGAGAUGUAUAGGAAGACAAAGCGGGAUAGGCCGCCGGGAUUCGCGGAUACGGUGGCGCUGGUGUUCGAGCACGGGCCGGCGCGGCUGCGGCGCAUGGCGCCCGCCAUGAAGGUGCUUGUGACCACCUUCCUCUGCGUCACGCAGAUUGGCUUCUGCUGUGUCUACAUCGUCUUCAUCGCCAACAACGUCAAGACGAUAUGUGAUCAAUACGAUAUCCACUUAAACCUCUCCAUUCACAUGCUGUUCGUAUUCAUCCCACUUUUCCCUAUAUGCCUGAUACGAAACCUAAAGUACUUGACUCCAUUCUCCACGCUCGCCAACGUGCUGAUGGCGUUGGGUGUGGGGGCAGUGCUUUACGAGGCGACGCAGGACUUACCGCCAGUAGAGUCGAGGGUGUACCUGGCCUCCUGGUCCCAGCUGCCGCUCUACUUUGGAACUGCUGUUUACGCCUUUGAGGGCAUUGGUUUGGUUCUGCCUUUGAAGAAUGAGAUGAGAAAUCCGGAGCAUUUCCAGAGGCCGCUAGGAGUGCUAAAUGUUGGAAUGGUGGUGGUCGGCAGUAUAUUCAUCACGGUGGGAUUCCUCGGUUACCUUAAGUGGGGCGAAAAUGUUGCUGGCAGCCUUACUCUUAACCUCAAGCCUGGCAAUGUGGUUAGCAUGACGGUGCAGAUACUCAUAACGCUGGCGAUCCUGUUGACAUACCCGCUUCAGUUCUACGUGCCCAUCGCGAUCACAUGGCCGGCGCUACGCAAGAAGUACGCGCAGAAGUCGCCUGUUAUGAAGGAGUUGUACUACAGAUCCGCUUUGGUGUUGCUCACUUUCGUGCUGGCGGAGUUGAUUCCUCAGCUAGGGCUCUUCAUCUCGUUGGUGGGAGCGGUGAGCAGCACGACUCUGGCACUCAUGUUCCCACCCAUCAUCCAACUGGUGUGCACCUAUACGAACACCAACAAGGUCCCGCUUCUCAUGGCGUUCAAGAACACGUUCAUCAUCCUGCUUGGGAUCUUCAUCUUCGUCACCGGAACUUACGUGAGCAUUGCUUCCAUCGCACAAGCUUUUUAAGUGCUUUUUUUUGUUAGAUUGAGGCUGAGAUAAAUAGAGCGAACUUUGACUUUAUUUAGAGAUAAACAUGUCAAACAUAAAUCUGAAUCGGAGUACUCUGCACUUAGGAUGUGUUUCAACUGUAGCGGAGCUGGGCGGAGUGGAGCAGAGCGGACCGCGAAUUGGCCAAUCACAGUGCUUGAAAUCUCCACUUAGCAUCAGUAGAAACUGUUAUUGGCCAAUUCAUGGUCUGGUCCGCUCCACUCCGCCCAGCUCCGCAUCAAUAGAAACGAACCCUUAGGAAUCUAUAGAGCAUAUUUUGGCCAAACUUAAGUUUCUAUUAAAACGAGACAGACUUAUGCCUACGAUAUUAACGCUGUCUCGUUUUAACAGUAUCUUAAGCCUAAACAAAACAAAGUGCGCUAAUUAAUAUCUCUAUAGAUCUCAGGCUGAGACUGAGAGCUAGGUCAAAGUUCGUUCCAUAAUCUAUAAUCUAGAUAUAAGGAUUAUCAUUGAACUUAGUUACUGUUAACUUAAAUAAAAGUGCGGGAGAUUUUAAAUAAUAUUUACGUAUGGCGUUUACGUUUGAUACUUUGAUUUUAUUGUUAUUACUUAUUAAAUCUUUUAUAUAAACUCAAAAAUGUAUGUAGGUAUGUAGUAUGUAAGCUAAAAGUGUUUAAAAACUAGUGCAAAAAGUUAUUUUUCUCAAGGGCCAAAGGCUGACUAAACUUGAAUAGUUCGACGAUGACUCGAAUAGCCAGACACUUGAAGUAAGUGGUAGGUACCUAGGGCAUGUCAGUAGUCUCCAAGUUGAGAAAAGACUGUAAUAUUAUUUACAACUUAACUAGAUAAAUAUUACGUAUACGUAAGCUUUAUUAUUAGAGGUUAUACUAUGAAAAUGUCGUUUUAUAUUCAAAAAUUCAAACGUCUAGUUUUCUUAGAACAAACUGUAUGUUUUGAAGUUACGCCGCUUAUAUUCUAUACUAGAUGAUGCCCGCGACUUCAUCUGCGUGGAUUUAGGUUUUUGAAAAUCCCGUGGGAACUCAUUGAUUUUGCGGGAUAAAAGUAGCCUUAUCCUUCCCCGGGAUGUAAGUUAUCUCUGUACCAAAUUACGUUAAAAUCGGUUAUGUAGAUGGGCCGUAAAAACUAGCAGAUAGACAGACAGUGAAAAAACCGUAGUUAAAUAUGAAGAAGUUCUGUCCUCCGCGGACAAUAGUCCCUCGUCUGCGCAGGCCCUUAAGAUGACUAACAAUGGAAUUCAUAGUCAAGGUAGGAGCUUUUUUAGAGGACUAUUAAACCGACCAAAGGUACGAUUUAUGUCUUAUUUAACCUUUAUAGCUCGUUCACACAGGCUGCGUAAGCGCAGACGUAGCGCGUACCACUGCGUUGUAAUGUGUGGAACUGUAUAAAAAAUGGCGCACCGCUUGCGUAAAGCGUGGACGUAUGCGUAACUCGGUGUGUUAGGGGUUUACGCGCGUCACUACGCAUGUGUCACGUGUACGCAAUUGGUGUGAAUCGGCCUUUAUGCAAUGCACUAAGGUUGUGUACACGACACAUGUCGACAGAAUCCUUCAUCUGAAGAAGCUCUCUAUCUUGACUAUGAAUUCCGGUGAAUAUAAUACUUAGAAUAGCAAAAUGUCUAAAUGGAAUAGGUAUAUAUAAUUAUAAGUAAUAUACUAUUAUGCCGAAAUUGGGUAUUAAAUUAACGUGAUAGUUUUGUGAUCUAUAAAACAUAGGUAGGGAUUAACCUUUUUUGCGAAGGAUCUAAAAUAUAUUUAUAAUUUAGUUAAGCGUUUGAACUAUUUAAAAGUACCUAAUACCUCAAACUGUAUUGUACUAAAUUUAAAUAUCACGGACCUGUUCGUUUAUACGUGCGAUUGAUAAAGAAAUUAAUGUCGUGAACCUAACUUCGUAAUAUAAAUUCCGCUUUAAACAUCAUUGAGUUUGAAUGGUUAAUAUUCAACACUAGAGGAUGCCAGCGGCUUCGCCCGCGUGGAGUUUGGUUUAUUGAAAUCCCGUAGGAACUUUUUGAUUUUCCGGGAUAAAAAGUAGCCUUAUGUCCUUCCCCGGGAUGUAUCCCAAGUUUGUACCAUAUUUCAUUAAAAUCGGUUCAGCGGUUGGGCCGUCAAAACGUAGCAGACAGACAGACAGACAAACUUUCGCAUUUAUAAUAUUAGUAUGAUGGAUGGAAUGUGUACUAGGGGCGCGCGCUAGGUGAACUUCUCUUUAAGCAAUUUAUAAUAAAUCUCAUCCACGUUAUAUCGGGAUAGCAUACCUAAGUGCCUACCCAUAGUCUAUUUACACUCAGAAAAGUAAAUAUUUACACUAUUGUUAAUAUCAAUUUUAUUUAAAAAGAUAAUUAUUUUAUAAGAGCGAUGUUAGUUAAGUAAUUAUUAUUGAUAAAAUAUUUUCCAAUGGAAAUGCCAGAAUAAAUAACUUGAUUCAGUUGUGAUACUGAUACAUGAAGUACAAUAAGGGCUCAUUUACACGAGAGUAAUUGUUCACACGUAAAAAAGCGUUGACACGUGAACAUUAUACUUGGGAAUCCAUUGGACGCUUUUUUAAAGGGCGUUAAAAAGCUCUCGUGUAAUUGAAUCCUAACAAUUUAAUAUGCGCAAAUUCUAGACAAUGGAAACUAGCUGACACCCGCCAUUUCGUCCGCGUGGAUUUAGGUUUAAAAAAUUACGUGGGAAUUCUUUGAUUUUAAUAAAUCCUACCGUGGCGCGUAUUAAUUUUUUCUACUUACAUAUUACUCUGCAUUCUGGAAAUAGGACGGAAAUUUUAGGAUCUAGUUACUAUCAACUAUUUUUCAAAUGUCAAAUUACUACAUAAUUAGGACUAGAAACUAUUGCAAUACUUGAUUACUAUCAAGAGUUUAGAUUUUAGAAUAAUUAGGAGAUAUGUGAUAUACUUGCGAAUAAAGUAUUACUUUUAAUAGCUCGUUCACACAGGCUGCGUAAGCGUAGACGUAGCGCGUACCAUUGCGUUGUAAUGUAUGGAACUGUAUGAAACAUGGCACGCCGCUUGCGUAAAGCGUGGACGAAUGCGUAGCUCGGUGUGUUAGGGGUUUACGCGCGUCAUUACGCACGUGUCACGUGUACGCAAUUAGUGUGAAUCGACCUUCAGUGUGUUUUUUGUGUUCCGUCGUUUAGUAUUACGCAAACUUUGAUAUACUUACGAAUAAAAUAUUACUU